UCGGCCGCACUUCCUGGUUAGAGAACACGUAGCAUCGCUUCUCAGAGAGCGCUUGAGAGCAGCAAACUAGUGACAAACCACCACUUGUACGGACUCUUUUGAUGUAUUUAUGGUCGUUGGUCGCUAUGAAGCAGCGUGUGGCCCGUGUAGCAUAAGCUACGCUGUCGAGCUACUCUCGGCAUAACUAGUUAGCGAGGAAUCGUGGAGUUAACAGAUUUUUUUUCCAAGAUGUAUACUUUAUUAUCUGGAUUAUAUAAGUACAUGUUCCAGAAGGAGGAAUACUGUGUUUUGAUCCUGGGACUGGACAACGCUGGGAAAACGACCUUUUUGGAGCAAACCAAAACCAAAUUCAGUAGGAACUAUAAGGGCAUGAAUUUAUCAAAGAUCACAACCACCGUUGGCCUGAACAUUGGCACUAUCGAUGUGGGCAAAGCUCGUCUCAUGUUCUGGGACCUGGGGGGUCAGGACGAGCUGCAGUCUCUGUGGGACAAAUACUACGCCGAGUCCCAUGGCGUCAUCUACGUGAUCGAUUCCACGGAUGAGGAGCGCCUGUCCGAAUCCAAGGAGGCCUUCGAGAAAAUGAUCAGCAGCGAGAUGUUAGACGGUGUCCCGCUCCUCGUGCUGGCCAACAAACAGGAUGUGCCGGAUUGUUUGUCCGUGCCGGACAUUAAAACAGCCUUCAGUGACUCGGCCCCGAAGAUCGGAAAGAGGGAUUGUCUGGUCCAGCCUUGCACCGCCCUGACCGGGGAUGGGGUGAACGAAGGCAUCGAGUGGAUGGUGAAGUGUGUGGUCCGGAACAUCCACCGACCCCCCCGGCAGAAGGACAUCACGUAGGAAGCCGCCCACUUUGGACUGAGGGACUCUCCUGGAGGACAUUCCGCGUGAACCCUGGAGGCGGUGCUCUCUCCGCCCGCUCCUCGUGUUUUGCUGUGACUUUGAACAGUUUGUAUUUCAGCUUUCAGUUGACCUUUUUAGUUCUGUCGAUCACGAAGCAUCAUUUCAGGUGGGCUUCGACUGGGCCGUUUGCCGAGUCUCUUGACUUCCUCUGUCUCCGGACGGGCGUGGACGCGCGACCUGUCGCCGCUGAAAUACACAAGCCGCUCAGGAUCAGACUCGCUGAACAAUAUUUACCUCAAAUUUCCACCCUACACACCUUGUGUAAAGCAAUAUGAACCAACAGUGAUACUGUAGGUGUUGUGCACGUGCCCUUUCUUUGAAUAUGUUAAACAGUUUCGUCACCUCAUGCCUCCUGCUGGGCCACUUAGAACACAGUAUCUUAUCUGUGCUCAUUUGACUGGGCCAACAGAGAGCUGAACACCCACACCUCCGCUUGUGUGGAAGUCGGCCGCCCCGUUGACGUCCGUUCUACUACUUUAUCAUUUCUAUGGCGACUACAGAAAAGGGGCGUGGCUUGGAGAUGGUCUGUCAACACUCGCGGUCUUCCCCCCCCCUCCCCUCCCAGGGACAACGUCCACUGUUUGGGAGGAUCCAUGCUGCCGUUGAGUUUAUGAGCUGUGAACUGUGUGAAAAGCAGGGUAACACUGCGUUGUAGUCGUUGUUAAAGGGAUUCAACACCGAUCAAAAGUAUUUAUGGAGAUGGGAAAAUGUGUGAUUGCUGGUCGACGCCAAUGUAACUGAAAUAUGUCAGAUAAAACGGGAACAAUCUGCACACUUCCCCCCUCGGACUGAGGAACGUCCACUACUCUACUUUCUUGUGUUAGUUAUUCACCAGGUUUUUAGCUUCACAAUAACGUCAUGAUGGAUAAAUCAGAAGAAAUAACUUGAGUGGGAGGAGCUUCUGACAUUCUUUCAUGACUUUUAUUUUGACAGCUGUGUUGUGUGGAGAGUUAAAAUCCAAAUGUGAGCUCAAACUGUUUUUUCCCAACUCUACAUGUAGGAGAGAAAAACCUUUCCUUUUACACUCUAACUUUUGUGUUUCUCUAUUGUACUCAAGACAAUUGAACUCCUUGGGGCUCCUACGCGAGCGCCUUGGUCCCUUAUCGUUGGCUGCAUCACUUUACACCAGCAGGGUAACGUGAAGAUAAUAAACUUCUAAUUUCAAAGACA